UUUGCUGACCCCUGUGUCACGUUAUAGAGCAACAGCAAGAGCCUCACCAGAUACCAGUGCUGUGUUCUUGGAAAUAACUGUUUCCAGAACCACAAAAUUAAAAAAAAUUCUGUUCGUAUAAUUGCUGGGUUUCUAAUAUUCUGCUACUGCAGAAUACAGACUAAGAUGGUCUCUGCAUCUUUCUGCAGAGUCUGUGGGAUGGGGGCAGGGGGUAGAGACACUGUCAGAGAAAGAUAGCAAGAGAGAGGGUCGGAGAGCUUCAUGGCCUAUGAAGACAGCCAGGAGGACAAAAGGAACCAUUCGUCAUUAGUCACAGCAAUCAGAGACUAUUUAGUUAGGGUUUCUCUUUCUGUGACAAAACACUGUGACCAAAAGCAACUUGGGGAGGGAAGGGUUUAUUUUGCUUGAAUUCCCAUUUUACAGUUCAUCAUCCAGGGAAGUCAGGGUGGGAACACAAGGCAGGAACCUGGAGGCAGGAGCUCAAGCAGAGGCCAGGGAGGGGUGCUACUUACUGGCUUGUUCCCCAUGGCCCUGCUUUCUUAUAGAACCCAGGACCACCCGCCUAGGGAUGGCACCACCUACAGUGGGCUUAGCCCUCCUCAUCAAUCCCUAAUAAAGAAAAUGCCUUUCAAGCUUGCCUGCACUGUGAUUUUAGGGAUGCAUUUUCUCAACUGAAGUUCCUUCCUCUCAAAUGACCCUAACUUGUAUCAAGUUGAUAUAAAAUCUAGCCAGCCCAGACACCCAGAGGCCCCAACUUCUCCUCUGCCAGGUUUCAGCCUCUCUCUCCUCCUAGCUCCCGAGCCUUCCCACUCCUGAAUCUCUUGCCUCUCCUUUCUUCUCCUUCUUUCUCUUCCAUCUGAGGCUGUCAUGGGCCAGAGAGUGCAAUAGGAACUCUGGAGAAAUUACAUCUGCAGCCCCUCAAGGACUCGGGCUGGGGAAUGCAUAGACACACAGAGAUGUGCACAGUCCAUGUGACACUGUUCUUGUCACUUAAAUGUAACCACAUUCAUAUAUGAAGCUAAGAACAUAGAGAAAGGCCUCCACAAUUUAAGAUUAUAUAUGCAAACACACCCCAGACGUGCAAGAGUAGACUAGCAAGCACAUCUAGACACAAACACACAAACACACAUUCAUAUUAGAAUGACCAGCUGGGUGGUGGUACACGCCUUUAAUCCCUGCACUUGGGAGGCAGAGGAAGGCAGAUCUCUGUGCAUUCGAGGCCAGUCUGGGCUACAGAGUGAGUUUCAGGACAGUCAGGGCAGUUACACAGAGAAACCCUGUCACAAAACAAAAACAAACAAACACAAAGAAAUGGCCUUUCACUAUAAAAAGCAUAUAGUGCACACACACAGGUACAUGCCUGAAUAAAUAAACAGACAAAACUGAGCUGACACGUGUAUACUCACCCCCAGAAAUCGAGACGCAUUACUCCCAAUGCCCUUUUGUCCUGUGUAUCUGUUUCUUGGUGAUCUUGCCAACAUCUUAGGGUGGGGGCAAGAAGAUAGGGAGUGAGCAAGUCACUGGCAGCCCUAGCAGGAAGUAUGGGUGCUCACACUCCUGGACAGUGACGAGACAGGAGGCAGGAACAGCUCAAGUUGCAUAACUAGGUGGAGAGGCAGGCUCAGCAUAAAAGGUCCUGCUGGAGUGUGCAGUGAGGUCGCCAGUGGCCAGACCAGGACCAUGGAGCCCAGUGUCCUGCUCCUCCUCGCUCUCCUCGUGGGCUUUGUACUGCUCCUGGUCAGGGGUCACCCAAAAGCCCGUGGCCACCUCCCACCAGGACCACGUCCACUGCCCCUCCUGGGAAACGUCCUGCAGAUGGACAGAGGAGGCCUCCUCAACUCCUUCAUGAAGAUUCGAGAAAAAUAUGGAGAUGUGUUCACAGUGCACCUGGGACCGAGGCCCGUGGUCAUGCUGUAUGGGACAGAGGCCAUAAGGGAGGCUCUGGUGGACCAAGCUGAGGCUUUCUCUGGCCGGGGGACAAUUGCUGUGGUUAGACCAGUCUUCAAGGACUAUGGUGUGAUCUUUGCCAAUGGGGAACGCUGGAAGACCCUUCGGCGAUUCUCUCUGGCCACCAUGAGAGACUUUGGGAUGGGAAAGCGGAGUGUGGAGGAGCGGAUUCAGGAGGAGGCCCGAUGUCUGGUUGAGGAGCUCCGGAAAUCCCAGGGAGCCCCCCUGGACCCCACCUUCCUUUUCCAGUGCAUCACAGCUAACAUCAUCUGCUCCAUUGUCUUUGGAGAGCGCUUUGACUACAAAGACCGCCAGUUCCUGCGCCUGCUGGACCUGUUCUAUAGGUCCUUCUCUCUCAUCAGCUCCUUCUCCACCCAGGUGUUUGAGCUCUUCUCUGGCUUCCUGAAGUACUUUCCCGGUGCCCACAGACAAAUCUCCAAAAACCUGCAGGAAGUCCUUGACUACAUUGGCCAGAGUGUGGAGAAGCACAGGGCAACCUUGGAUCCCAGCAAUCCAAGAGACUUCAUCGAUACCUACCUUCUACGCAUGGAGAAGGAGAAGUCCAAUCAACACACGGAGUUCGAUCACCAGAACCUCAUGCUCUCCGUGCUGUCUCUCUUCUUUGCUGGCACCGAGACCAGCAGCACCACGCUCCGCUAUGGCUUCCUGCUCAUGCUCAAAUACCCCCAUGUUACAGAGAGAGUCCAAAAGGAGAUCGAUCAGGUGAUUGGCUCACACCGACUCCCAACCCUGGAGGACCGCACCAAAAUGCCUUACACUGAGGCUGUCAUCCACGAGAUUCAGAGAUUUUCAGAUCUCAUCCCCAUUGGUGUCCCACACAAAGUCACCAAAGACACUUUGUUCCGAGGGUACCUGCUCCCCAAGAACACUGAAGUGUACCCCAUCCUGAGUUCAGCUCUCCAUGACCGACGGUACUUUGCACAACCAGACACCUUCAACCCUGACCACUUCCUGGAUGCCAAUGGAUCUCUGAAGAAAAAUGAAGCUUUCAUGCCCUUCUCUAUAGGAAAGCGCAUUUGUCUUGGUGAAGGCAUUGCCCGCAACGAAUUGUUCCUUUUCUUCACCACCAUCCUCCAGAACUUCUCCGUGUCCAGUCUUAUGGCUCCUGAGGACAUUGACCUCAAUCCCAAGGAGAGUGGCUUUGGCAAAGUGCCCCCAACAUACCAGAUCUGCUUCUUGGCCCGCUGACUGGGCUGUGGU